GCUGACAUAGCUCCAAACAUCCCAUUAGCCGAGAAAUGACCUGAUUCCAGCUGCAUCGGUGCUUUUGGAGUCAAUUGACGUCGAAUCCAAAAACCGCGCCCGAAGCAAACCGCCCAAUCAGACCAAUCUCCCCUCUCUGAAAAAAAUCAACAAAACCAUGAUCGCCUCACGUGUGGCCCCCCGCGUGGCCCGUCAGCUCCGGGCCCCGGCCCAACGCCGUCUGAUGAGCUCUGCCAACGCCGGCGAGAACUCGUUCGUCCGCGAGCGCGAGGCUGUCCGUGAGCACGCCAUCCACUCUACGGCACUGUGGAAGAAGAUCUCUCUCACCGUCGUCCCCGUCUCUCUGGUUGCCGCUGGUGCCAACGCCUACUACCUGUGGAACGAGCACUGGGAGCACUGGUCCCACAUGCCUCCUUUGGAGGAGCGCACCGAGUACGCUUACCAGAACAUCCGCACCAAGAACUACCAAUGGGGCGACGGUGACAAGACCAUCUUCUGGAACGACAAAGUCAACUACCACAACAAGGACAAAUAAGCACAUCGCUUUAGUGCUGAUUUCAUCGUGAGGUUAAUCAAAUUAAUGUAUGAGGUUAUCCCGCAAUGGUGCGUCACGCUUGAUUGACAGUGGAAGAGACAUGAAGAUGGAAACAUCAGGGGCCGAUAUCUCUAUAGAGUGGAGGGGAUUCACCGUGUGAGGGUAGACAAGACUUUUUUGUUCCAAGGCAAAGUCGUUAUUUUUGACUGGUGCCCAUCUGUCUUGAAUGUGUUCUCACAUAAAGACUGCAAGUCGCAAAGUUCCCUUUGUUGAAAUCAUUAAAAUUGCCCACAACUGUACGUUCCAACCCACUCGCGAUCAUCUUCUGUUGAUUAAGAAAAAGGCAAGGACGGGAAAGGGGGGGGAUGACAAAACAAAACAUAUGAGAGGGUAGUCUCAGUGCUCAGACCAAAACCCCUGCGUUGCAGGUGGACAGAGCGCUCCUUGUACCUUAUCAGCCACAUGGACUUUCUACCAAUAAAAAUUGGCCGAAAAAAAAGCGUGAUCCGAGACGAUCUUUUCUCGGACCCACAGAUACAAUGCAAAGCCACAAUUGAGCCACAGGCCCAAUUGGGGAGUGUACGGUCAGGGGUGAUACAUCCCAAAGGAACUUAUUCGGCGGCUAUUUUGGGUUGGCUGCUGACUGGACAGGACUGGAGGACACAUUUGGUUUCUUGGCAUCGGAAUUGACCAGCCCGCGGUCUCAUUUAAGGGGUUUUCACCGGCAGUUCGCGGGCGGCUUUUCUAAGCGCAAUAUCCUCCCCCGUCUUACACGUGCAGUUGCUUACUCUCAACUGUAUUUCUUAUUUUUAUACCUGCUGCAAAACAAAUAGGAUUAGCAAUUGCGCGACUUACCGUCAAGCAUUUUCCAGGUUGUACUGUAUGAGUUUUUAUGAUCAAAUCGGGGAAUUAAUUAUAGUCCGGAACCCCUGGGUAAUUUUCUUUGUAUAUGGUUUUGAGAAAUUAGGUGCGAAUAAACUUAAUAGAGCGC